AUGACGAGUAACAUAUCUCAAUGGCUAUUUCCCAUCUCUGCUCUUCAAGCAACUCCCUCCACCUGCUCUCUCGAAAAGGAGCUCUAUGACAGGGCCAGGGGGAUUGAGUUUCUUUUUCGUUUGGGCUCCUCUCUGGGACUCCCGACAUCUGCAAUGUGCACAUCCGCGACGUGGUUUCACCGCUUUUACAUGCGAUUUUCAAUGGAAGAUUUCCAUCGUCAGGAUGUCGCAGCAGCAUGCAUAUUUCUAGCUACAAAGACUGAAGAAUGCGGUCGUAAGCUCCGGGAUGUCGCCAGAAUAUACGAGGCCAAAAUUCUGAACUGCGACAUCACCAAAGUUGCUGUAGAUAGCCCGGAAGUUGACCAGCGUCAGGCAGCCAUCCUAUUAACAGAAGAAGUGCUCCUUGAGGCCCUUUGCUUCGAUUUUGUCAUUGAGAGUCCGCACGCCGAACUCGUAGAGCUAUUUGAAACGUGUGAGAGUGAUUCUGAGGUUCAGGAAUAUGCCUGGAGUCUUGCACAUGACUCUUAUCGGACUCCGAUGUGUGUAAUAUUCCCCCCAAAAAUCAUUGCAACUGCCUGCUAUGUGCUUGCUCAACGAAUCUCCGACGGCCCUCAUUCGCUCUCAUUGGACGCGCGUAUUUCAGCCUCUGCCCCGUCUUCGCAUCUACCCACUCCACCGUCCUACAAACCGCCAUCGCCCGAUGCGAGUCGUUUGGCCGUCGAAAGGCACCCCUUUAGCGAAAGUGAACUGUCCUGCAUCUCAGAGGCAUUGAACAUCUUACUUGAGUUCUACAAGGCCCAAGAUGUCAAUUCUACAUACCCCUACCUCUCAUUCAUUGUCGACGUGCCUCCGCCAAUCACUCAACUGUCACGACCACGCUUUUUUGUCCCCGUAUCUCAAAUUAAUCUUCCAGAAACCAAUGCAAGCGUCCAACAACACCUUCAAGAAGCUCCUGAAAGGACACCUUUGUCAUCAUAUGGAGGGCAAACUCCGGAAACCAAUACCUUACCCCGCCGCAAGAAUGAGAGCUCUUAG